AUCUUUUUGGGGGUUCAGUUGUAUUAUGAAAACGUAACUUUCAGAACUCAAAUCUUCCUCCCCAUAACCAGUUAAUCAGAGUGAUUUAGAGAGAAAAAUCAGCUCCAGCACCUCAGGGAAAAACAUCAAAUAAUAUGACCCAUAUAUCAAAUAUGACCCAUUUAAUGUGUGUUUGUGUAGCGUUGCUGUCCUCGUGGUGUGAGGAUCUGGGUCGACUUCUGCUGCUGCGUCAUCAGAAAAGCAGACAACCCGAUCCAUCUGUGGGCAAGAACCCGAUGCAGGCCAACAUCAACAACAUAAAACCGGCUCUGUCACACGAUGAUGCAUCAUUUCAAUAUGACUCCGUCUCCUGGCAACAAAACACCAAUCAGCCGCCGGGUUCUGUUUCCGUGGUGACCACUGUAUGGGGUGUGACCAAUACAUCACAGAGUCAGGUGUUGGGGAGCCCCAUGGCAAACCCAAACAGCCAUAUGAACCCUGUGACGGGAGGUAAUGGAGGUAUGAACCCGGGACAGUUUACCGGACACCAGCAGUUUUCCUCCAAGGCCAAUCCAAACCAGGCCUACAUGCAGCCGGGGAUGUACGGGAAAUCCAGUUACCCUGGAGGAGGAGGAUUCGGGAGCAGUUAUGGGGGCGGUCCUAACCACGCCAGUGGGAUGGGCCUGCCUUCACAGACACGCCCCCCUUCUGACUUCAGCCAACCAGCUGCUGCCGCCGCUGCUGUGGCUGCUGCCGCUGCUACGGCGACCGCUACAGCCACGGCGACGGUUGCCGCGCUACAGGAGACGCAACACAAGGACAUGAACCAAUGCGGCCCGAUGUGUUCCUCCUUUCAAAUGGGACCAAACCAGGCUUACAGCACUCCGUUUGUGAAUCAGCCCGGCCCCCGGGGGCCCCCUGCUCACCCUGGGGCCAUGAACGUGGGGCAGCCUCGGGGGCAGAUGGGGCCGUACGGGGGUCAGAGAACGCCCCAGCAGGGCUACGGGCCACGGCUAGUGCAGGGGGUGAAGAGACCGUAUCCUGGAGAGGGGAGCUACGGGCCGCAGUACGGACCAAACGGUCUGUUUGGCUCUCAGCAGGGUCAGUAUCCUCACCUCUCCUCAGCUCAGAGACAGUACCAGGCCUGCGGCAUGGGACAGUUCUGCAAGGAACCGAGCAGUAACUUCAGCACGGGAAACUUUCAUUACAGUGCGCCUCCGCGGCCGAUGGGCAGUUACCCUCACUCUCCGUUGCCGGGUGACCCCACGCCCCCCGUGACCCCAGGAAGUAAUAUGCCACCGUAUCUGUCACCAAACCAGGACAUGAAGCCCCCGUUUCCUCCUGAUAUCAAGCCCAACAUUAAUGCACCUGCUCCAGGUAACCCUAAUGAGGAGCUCCGGCUGAUGUUCCCGGUUCGGGACGGUGUGGUUCUGGAGCCAUUCAGACUGGAACACAACCUGGCCGUCAGUAAUCACAUCUUCCACCUGCAGCCCACCGUCCACCAGAUGCUCAUGUGGAGGUCUGAUCUGGAGCUUCAGUUCAAGUGUUAUCAUCAUGAAGACAGACAGAUGUACACGAACUGGCCGGCGUCGGUGCUGGUCAGCGUCAACGCCACACCGCUCAGCAUCGAGCGCGGCGACAACAAGACUUCCCACAAACCCCUGCACCUGAAACACGUGUGCCAGCCGGGCCGAAACACCAUCCAGAUCACCGUGACGGCCUGCUGCUGUUCGCACCUGUUUGUCCUUCUGCUGGUUCACCGGCCGUCGGUUCGAUCGGUGCUGCAGGGUUUACUGAGGAAGAGACUCCUCAGCACCGAACACUGCAUCACUAAAGUGAAGAGGAGCUUCAGUAGUGUGGCUGUGUCUGUCGGUGAUGAUGGGGUGGAGCAAACGUCCAUCAGAAUCUCUCUAAAGUGUCCAAUCACGUUCAGGCGCAUCCAGCUGCCGGCGAGAGGCUAUGACUGCAAACACAUGCAGUGCUUUGACCUGGAGUCCUAUCUAGAGCUGAACUGUGAGCGGGGCUCAUGGAGAUGUCCGGUGUGCAAUAAAGCGGCUCUGUUAGAAGGUCUGGAGGUGGAUCAGUACAUGUGGGGGAUUUUGAACGCUCUCCAGAACUCAGAGUUUGAGGAGGUCACGAUAGACCCGUCGUGCAGCUGGAGGCCGGUCCAGAUCAAAUCUGAGCCGCACAUAAAGGAAGAUCCGGACGGGUUGAUGUCCAAGCGCUUCAAAACCACGAGUCCCAGUCAGAUGGUGCUGCCCAAUGUGAUGGACAUGAUCUCUCAGCUCGGCCUGGGAGCGUCUCCGUACCCCAACCAGAACCUCCAGCAGCAGAACAGCAGCACUAACCAGUACAAAAGUCCAGGCAACAGUUUCCAGGGCCACAGUAAGUUUGGUGACUAUCCCCAUGGCAACGCUGCAGCAUCAUCAUCAUCAGUGAGUGAGUUCGUUCAGGGGCCGCACCUGUCUCACCCCCCCGCUGACCUUUCGACCUCUGAGAGCCUGACCCACACGCUACAGGACAGCUCACAGACGCCUCACCCUCUCAACACAAAUCAAUCCCACAAUCCUCUGCAGCACAGUAUGCAGCUGUUACAUCACAGCGGCCCGCCCCAUGCCUGCAGACCGCCGCCCAGCCAGAUGCACCCAGACGUGACCUUUAACCCCGCGUCCAACCUGGAGGGUCAGUGUGGGGGUCAGAGCAGCGCAGACAUACGCCAGGCCUCCUUAGAUCUGCUGCCAGACCUGAUGAAUCCAGACGAUCUUCUGUCGUACCUGGAUCCUCCAGACCUUCCCAGCAGCAGCAACGACGACCUGCUGUCUCUCUUUGAGAAUAACUGAGACCUCAAACCUCUAUAUCUGACAAACAGAAAUGCACUUACCGUCACUUCCUCUUCCUGUACAGACUACAGAUUUCAAAACCAGCGCAGACAGAUGGACGGACACCGACGGUAACCAUUAUUUCUGCUUCCAGAUACCUUGUUUUUAUCUGUCAGAAUGACAGAGAGCGUAUGAAUAUCACUCAAUGUUUAGAGCUGAAGUGAACUUAGCAGCUAAAUUCAGUCUUUUCUACCACACGAGAGCGAAAGCAGUGUGGUAGCGUUUUUCUACUUGCUUUGAUUUUGAUACGAAGAACCGGACAAACAUCCGUCCGCUGUCAUACUGUGUUCAUGUUACUCCUCCUCCACGUCUGAUAAGCUGUUUCUGUUCAUCAUUCAGCAGCGUUUCUCAAACUUUGUUCAAUCCAAGCACAGCUCUUAUUCAGAACAAAUCACAUUGUUUGGAAACGUAAAGGGAGAAAACACAAAUCAAGCUCCCACCGUGCAAUUAUCCGUCUAGUUCACUACUGUUCAGAAUGCAGUUGUGUUAUUUUAGAGAAGCUCAUGUAAAUAUUUGUGAAUACAUUUGUUUUGAUUGGUCGUCCAUGUUUCUUCUGUCUAUGAGUAUUCAUUAUAAGAGUGUGUGAAAGACAGGCUACGUUCAGAAUGCAAUACUAUACUGCAUACUAUUUUAUAUUUUGGCAAUGAAAUAUAUUUACACAAAAGUCUGGAGUCUGUAAGGUGUCUUAAUCUUUUUGAAAGAAAUCUCUUCUGUUCACCAAGGAAGACCAUUUCUG